AUGACUAUCUCCACCGAAAUUGGUUAUAUCAUGGCGGCCAUGGAGGACGCGGGUUGUGACUCAAAGAAACUUUUCAGCCCCUCUGCUGCCAGUUCCUCGAAUUCCACCUCGAAGCCUCCUGCGAAACCUUGCCCUAAGCCUACCUCACAAAAGGCCAAGGCCAUCGAAGAAAAGGAGGAGGAGCUCCGGUACAGCACAGACUCCGAAUCUAUAUUGAAAGGCAUGUGGAUUCUAUACCUUACGUUUUGCUCAUGCGUGCACAUUCCACAUCGAUCUCGAAAGAAUAUCAACGACCAAGUCUUCGAUCCAGCCUUCUAA